AUGGAAAUCGAUUUUGCUCAUUCACAUAAUCCAACUUUAUUCGGUUUAUUAUCAACUUCCCCACCAACAUCAAUGCUUGAUUCAUUUUCUCCGUUGCUUCAUUUGAAUGAUGAUUUUUUGGAUGAAUUAAAUCCAUCAACAACAACAAUCGAUGGCGAUGAUGCCGAUGAUUGGAUGAAACCGUUAUUACUCGAUCAGUUAUUUGAACAUGAUUUUUUAUCUCCACAAUUUUCAAGUGAUGAUAUUGAAAUAAAACAAGAAAAACAGCCAGAUGAUGAUAAACGAAAAUUAACGUCAUUCAAUAAUAAUUGUUCAUUUAUUAUUGAUGAAAAACUUCUUUCAAAUAAUUAUUUAUAUCAACAACGUGAAAAUGAAUUAUUUGACUUUUUUCAACAACAUUCAACUGAACAACGAUUACCAACGACAACAACAACAACAACAACAACAACAACACUCCGUUUAAUACAUCAACCUAAACUUGAACCAGCUGAAUUACCAACAACAUUAUAUCUAAAUGGGAAUGAACUACAAUUUCAUCCAAUUGUUACAACAAAUAAUACAAUAGGACAUACAUAUACAACAACAACAUCAUCACCUAGAUCAUCUGUAUCAAUACAGCCAUCGGUACCUAUUGUGCCAGCUCGAGUAUUAAAAGGAAAAAAAUUUAAACGAGGUGGUCGAGUUUCAUCCAGAACAACAUCAAGAAGUCAUGCAGCUACUAAACGAAGAUUAAAUUCAACAGCAGCAGAACCAAAAGCAAGUGUUGUUAUAAUAGCAGAAGACGCAACGCGAAUAGAUUCUAAAACAACAACAUUAGGUUUAAGUUCGUCAGGUUCAUGUUCGAAUGAUUCAGAUUUACUAAAAUCAUCAGCAUCAACAACAACACGUUCAUCGACUCGUCGACGUGUUAAAUCGACACCGCGUGAAGUUAUUCUAUUUCGUAACGGUACAUUUAUAUCAAAAGAACCCAUAGCGAAACAACCAACAACGUCAACCUUAUGUUUCGAAACAGCAACAAACAAUAAUAAUUGUCCAUUACCUCCACCACCAUUACAUCAACAACAAAUAACAGCAACUGGUUUACAAGCAGCUGCGCAGAUUGUCGCGUGUAAUGUUCUUCGCCAAGCAACAUUAAAUGAUGCUUUAAUAGAACAAUUGAUAAAACGCGAACCAUCGAAUGUAGAUGAUGAUUUUCCAAUCUAUUGCUAUUCAAGUCCAUCAUUAUCUUCAUCAUCAUGUACAAUGACAGCAGCCAUGGAUGAAUAUGAAAAUAGUUGUUCAACAACAUUAAAAAUUCUUGGCUGUAAUGCAACGACACCAUUACAUCAAUCAGCAUCGAAUAAUACGGCAACAACAACAACAACCAUCGAAUUGCUUACGUUCGCUGCUUUACAACAACAACAACAACAACAACAACAACAACAACAGCAACAUCAUCAUCACCAUCAUCAUCAACCACAAUUUUGUUAUAUCAAACAAGAACCAUGCACAACAACAACCACGACAACAUUUCUUCUUCCUCGAUUACUUCCACAGUGA